AUGCUCGGCCGCCUUUCCUCGAUCAUCACCAACGAGCUGCUCCACGGCAGGAAAGCUGUGGUGGUCCGUUGCGAGGAGAUCUGCAUGUUCGGCGGCCUCAUCCGCCAGAGAGUCGUCUGCCAGAGUGUCCAACUUGAUGGGCGUGAGGUUAUUCGUGAUCGUGCCCUUGGCCCGAGCCUGACAGCUAGGCACAUGGUCUCCGGGCCUCCCCCCGUGCUCUUACAGGUCCGGUGUCUCCACGUACCCCUCGAGGUCAGGGUGCUCAGGAAUGGCCUCCACGGUCCCGGACCCCCCUUCCCCCCAGGGAGGAGGUCCGGUGCCGCCAUGAGCCCCUGA